CGCUUUUCCUGCUCGGUCUCGCUCCCAACUGUCAAUGGUCAAGAUUAUUUAUAAUGUUUCCUUCUCCAAUCCUUUUCGUUCCCCACUGAAUCUCUGAAACUCCGUCCGCCACGAAUUUGUUCUCCAGAUCCUUCCGUUCGAAUUGGACCGUUAGUUUUCUUCUAGUUUCUCCGUGUGCAGGAAAAAUUAUCUCUGAGGUGAGGCUGAGGCUUCAAGGAAAUGGCGACCGGAUCUGUUCCAGCUUCAUUUUCUGGUCCCAAGAUUAGGGAUUAUGGAUUAAGCUUUACAAAAAGUGUGGACUUCGUAAAGGUUUCUGAUUUGCAGAGAGUUAAGUCUCGGAGAUCCAAAGUAUCGACCAUUAGGAACUCAAAUUCUGGCUCAGAAACCGUUGAGUUGCAGCCUACUUCAGAGGGAAGCCCCCUCUUAGUUCCUAGGCAAAAGUACUGCGAAUCUCUACACAAGACUGUCAGGAGGAAAACUCGCACAGUUAUGGUUGGGAACGUGGCUAUUGGUAGUGAACACCCUAUUAGAAUUCAGACAAUGACUACAACUGAUACAAAGGACGUCGCUGCAACUGUAGAACAGGUAAUGAGAAUAGCUGACAAGGGAGCAGAUAUUGUGCGAAUAACAGUUCAAGGGAAGAAAGAAGCAGAUGCUUGUUUUGAAAUAAAAAACAGUCUUGUUCAGAAGAAUUAUAAUAUUCCUCUGGUGGCAGACAUUCAUUUUGCUCCUUCGGUUGCACUGAGAGUUGCUGAGUGUUUUGACAAGAUUCGUGUAAACCCAGGGAAUUUUGCUGAUAGGCGGGCCCAGUUUGAGAAGCUGGAGUACACAGAGGAGGACUAUCAGAAGGAGCUGGAGCAUAUUGAGAAGGUUUUUACCCCAUUAGUGGAGAAAUGUAAGAAAUAUGGGAGGGCUAUGCGCAUCGGAACAAACCAUGGAAGCCUUUCUGAUCGUAUCAUGAGCUACUAUGGUGAUUCUCCAAGGGGAAUGGUUGAAUCUGCAUUUGAAUUUGCAAGAAUUUGUCGGAAGUUAGAUUACCAUAAUUUUGUAUUCUCAAUGAAAGCAAGUAACCCAGUGAUCAUGGUCCAAGCAUAUCGAUUACUUGUAGCAGAAAUGUAUGUUCAAGGGUGGGAUUAUCCUUUGCACUUGGGAGUUACAGAAGCAGGUGAGGGUGAAGAUGGGCGGAUGAAAUCCGCAAUUGGAAUUGGAACCCUUCUUCAGGAUGGUUUGGGUGAUACAAUCAGGGUUUCCCUCACAGAACCACCAGAAGAAGAGAUAGAUCCUUGCAGACGACUGGCAAACCUUGGUAUGAAAGCAUCAAAUCUGCAGCUAGGAGUGGUGCCAUUUGAAGAAAAGAACAGACAUUAUUUUGAUUUCCAACGUAGAACUGGUCAAUUACCAGUACAAAAGGAGGGUGAAGAAGUUGAUUAUAGAGGGGUACUGCAUCGUGAUGGCUCUGUUCUUAUGUCUGUGUCUCUGGAUCAGUUAAAGAACCCUGAACUCUUGUACAAAUCACUUGCAGCAAAGCUUGUUGUUGGCAUGCCAUUUAAGGAUCUGGCAACAGUUGACACAAUCCUUUUGAGGGAGCUUCCUCCAGUAGAUGACUAUGAUGCUCGGCUAGCUCUGAAAAGGCUGAUAGAUGUGAGUAUGGGGGUUUUAACCCCUCUUUCAGAGCAACUAACGAAGCCAUUGCCUAAUGCCAUGGUCCUAGUAAAUCUCAAGGAACUAUCUACUGGGGCUUACAAGCUUUUGCCAGAAGGAACGCGCUUGGCUAUUUCUGUCCGUGGGGAUGAACCCUAUGAGGAGCUGAACAUUAUCAAAGAUGUUGAUGCUACAAUGCUUCUACAUAAUCUACCAUCUACUGAAGAAAGUGUCAGCAGAGUACAUGCAGCAAGGAGGUUAUUUGAGUACUUAGCAGACAAUGCUCUGAACUUCCCUGUGGUUCACCAUUUACAGUUCCCGGAAGGAAUUCACAGGGAUGACUUAGUCAUCGGCGCUGGCAGUAAUGCUGGAGCUCUUCUAGUUGAUGGACUUGGGGAUGGAGUUUUAUUAGAAGCCCCAGACCAGGAUUUUGAUUUUCUAAGAAACACUUCCUUCAAUUUGCUACAAGGUUGCAGAAUGCGUAAUACAAAGACUGAGUAUGUCUCAUGCCCAUCCUGUGGUCGAACAUUAUUUGACCUUCAAGAGAUAAGUGCCCAAAUACGAGAGAAGACAUCACAUUUGCCUGGUGUUUCAAUUGCAAUCAUGGGUUGCAUUGUUAAUGGCCCAGGAGAGAUGGCUGAUGCAGAUUUUGGCUAUGUAGGUGGUGCUCCUGGAAAGAUUGAUCUCUAUGUUGGGAAGACGGUGGUGAAGCGUGGAAUUGAAAUGGAACAUGCAACAGAUGCCUUGAUUCAGCUAAUAAAAGAUCACGGACGUUGGGUUGACCCACCAACAGAAGAGUAAGUUGAAGUGACAAAUUAGCAAAGAAAAAAAAAAACAAGUUCUUAGGUCAUCAUUCGCUUCCAGUGAAAAACCAAACAGUCAGAUUCUUAACAAGCUAAAAUCCUAUGGCGCAAACAGGAGGAUAAUGUGGAAGAUAUAUUCAUGUUACUGCAUGACUGUGUAUGUGUAGUAUGUUUUCUACAGUCAUUACAUUUUAACAUUGUAUCUUCCCUAUUAAUAUUAGAUUCAAAAUUUUCUGCAAAAAUGCAGUUAUCUGGUUUUU